UUCCUGGCCUGAUGCCCUUCCUGAUGCCUACACAGAGUUUGCAGCAAAUAUUUUCUCUUUGCACCCAGAUAUUUAAUUAGAAAUGUUAAUCCAUACCGUUUAAGUGCAUUGAUUAAUUUAAUUUAGUUCCAAGUAAUGGACAAAUAAGAUUAAAUGGGGAGCUUGAUUUUGAAAGCAUUAAAUUAGGAGAAAUUGGGAUACAGGCUACAGAUAAAGGCCCCCUUCCAAUGAAAGGACACUGUGAGAUUCUGAUUGAAGUAUUUGAUGUAAAUGAUAAUGCAUCAGAAAUAUCAAUCUCAUCUCUGUCAGUACCAAUAUCAGAGGGCUUCCCACUAGGGACAGUGGUGGCGCUGCUCAGUAUUUCUGAUAGAGACUCUGGUGGCAAUGGACAAGUAAGCUGCUCUGUGUGGCCUCCUGACCUUCCAUUCAAACUUACAUCCAGCUUUAAGAAUGACUAUUCAUUGGUGCUGAUUGGACCUCCGGGUUGCGAAAAGAUAUCAGAAUACAUCAUAGUAGCAGUAGCCCAAGAUGAAGGGAAUCCAUUGCUUUCAACCAUCAGCAACCUGAUUGUGUCCAUCAGUGACAUAAAUGACAAUGCGCCUACAUUCACACAGCAUGAUAUUGCCUUCAUGGAGAACAAUCAACUUGGUGUUCACAUAGUCAAGAUAUCUGCCUUGGACCCAGACAUGGGUGAAAGUGCUCAGGUCAGCUAUUGGACAGAUGAGACACACAGAUCACUGUCCAGCUACAUCUUCAUAAAUUCAGAGAGCAGUAACUUCUGAAUUUUACUACCUUUGGAUUAUGAGGAAGUAAAGCGCAUGGAGUUCCAGAUGAGAGUAAAAGAUUCUGGACUGCCCUCUAUAUGCAGAUUUGACCAUGCAAGUCUUUGUU